AUGGAGGAGGGAAUUCAUAUUAUCGACCCGGAAGGCGAAGUGAUCAUCAUCGUGCAUAAUCCCAAUGCACCUUUCGCGGUCUGGACUGAUGAGAGUGCUCAAGUUGAAGCGCCUGCGGAUUCCGAAAAAUCAGACAAAGUAGUGCCCGCCAUGAUUGAGUUUGAUAGCGACUCUGAAGCUUCGAAUGACGAGCCAGCCAAUGGGUCUGUCGACGAGGUGAACAGUGUGCCGUCUAAACCCGACGUCCGCAUUCAAGUGUCCGCAAAACACUUGAUGCUGGCCUCCCCCGUGUUCAAGAGAGCCCUGACUGGCAAAUGGAAAGAAGGUUCAACUUUUGUCGGAACCGGAUCAGUCGAGAUUACCACUGAGAGCUGGGAUGUUGAGGCUUUCUUGAUCCUCCUUCGAAUUCUCCAUUGCCAGCACCACAAGCUGCCAAAGAGGGUGAGCCUCGAGCUCGCUGCUAAGAUUGCCGUUCUCGCAGACUACUACGAAUGCAAUGAUCUCGUGGGGUUCAUCCGUGAUGCGUGGAUUACAUGUCUCAGAGAAGAACUUCCAAGUACAUACUCACGGACCUUGAUCUUGUGGCUAUGGGUCGCUUGGUACUUCAAUAUUCCCACGAAGUUUAAGAAAGCGACUUCGAUUGCCAUGUCCCAGAGCAAGGAUGAGAUCAACGCACUGGAGUUGCCAAUUCCAGCACGCAUCAUUUACGAGAUGAACCAAAAAAGACAACAGGCUAUAUGCAAGAUCAUUCUUCAACUUCAGAGAGAAUGUGAAGCGUUCAUGAGAGGAUCUAAAGGUUGCAGCUUCGAGUGUAGCUCCAUCAUGCUUGGUUCUCUCACGAAGCAAAUGCUUUCAGAGGGCCUCCUCGAGUCAGAGGUCAAAUUCUAUUACAAGGGUUGCAAUGUCACAGGCUUGAUCAAAUCUGUCCAGUCAUUUGUUGCUCCGAAUUGGAGGGCUUCAAUUUACAGACACCAGACAGGGUAUAUCGAUCACAAGUGCCCCCAUAGCUCCUUUUCUCUAUUGGAGGGUUCAGGCGAUACGCUGGAAGGUCUCAAACUGAAACAAUUUCUUGUCAAUUAA